AAAGGAAGAGUGAAUAUCAUCGCAGUACGGUCUCGGGUCCUGCGCUGCGCUGCCGCUGCUCCCUCGCCUCCGCCGCGCGAGAUCAACUCCUCCGCUAUGGCUGAAGAAGCUGAGGGAAAGACCCGACAGGUAACAAGGAUGCCCCCUGCUGCUCUCAAUGAGCGUAUCCUUUCUUCCAUGUCCCAGAAGCACGUUGCUGCCCACCCAUGGCAUGACCUGGAGAUAGGUCCAGGAGCUCCUGAGGUUUUCAACUGUGUUAUUGAGAUUCCUAGAGGCAGCAAGGUUAAGUAUGAGUUAGACAAAGGAACUGGUCUUAUCAAGGUUGAUCGUGUUCUUUACUCCUCAGUUGUUUACCCACACAACUAUGGUUUCAUUCCACGCACACUGUGCGAGGAUAAUGACCCCAUGGACGUCCUUGUCCUGAUGCAGGAGCAAGUUGUUCCUGGCUGCUUCCUGCGUGCACGUGCUAUUGGGCUUAUGCCUAUGAUUGACCAGGGUGAGAAAGAUGAUAAGAUCAUAGCUGUCUGUGCUGAUGACCCUGAAUACCGUCACUUCAGAGACAUCAGUGAACUUCCCAAGCAUCGCCUUCAGGAGAUUCGUCGCUUCUUUGAGGAUUACAAGAAGAAUGAAAACAAAGAGGUUGCAGUGAAUGAUUUCCUCCCAGCAGAAGAUGCCAUCAAUGCAAUCAAGUACUCAAUGGACCUGUACGGUUCAUACAUCAUCGAGGGCUUGAGGAAGUGAUCUCCAGCAGCUCAACUGAAGAUGCUACGCCAUUCACUCGACUACUAAUAGUAAAACAGACAUUUAUGUUAACAUCAUGAUCGAAAACCAUGGCUCAGGGAUAUAUUACCUUCGGUUCAUGCUGAGAACAAGUGUCAGUGCAUUUUGUUUCCGUAUAUGCCAUGUAAGGUCCAAGUAUUUGACCUCUUGCUGGAACCUUUGCUGUCGAACCGUCACUUUGCAGAACGGUUGCUUAAUAGAAAAUCAGCUGUUACAUCAA